AUGAACAAAUCAACCACUCCAACGAAGAAGAUCAACAAAAUAUCGUUCGGAGAACAAGGUUUUAGUAUUGGUGAUCAACAAGAUAAAUCAUCAUCUAGUUCACCAACUGGUAUAGUUAGAUCACACUGGAAAACUCUACAGCUGAAUAAUUUAUGUAAAAUUUGUCAUAUUAACUUGAAUGUCAAAAAUGGCAUAGUGAAUUGUAGGAAGUGUGGUCAAUUGCAUUGUAACUUACAUACUCAUUACGAAGUAAGGUUGAGAAACCCACAGUUUGAUGAGAAAACCCCUCAAUAUGAUUCUAAUGGUAUAUGGUCUCGAUGUUGUGAAACAUGUUAUUUGGAAAGACAAAAUACUGAAGUUUUAAGUAAUAAUUUAACUGAGGAUUUUAAAAAAAUUAGAUUGACGUUUGCAGAUGUAAAUGAGUUAAAGAGGAUCAAGGUUCAACGAAAUUUUUUAAAGUUGGUCAAUGAAGGUAAAGAAGUAACUCAUUGGAAAACUGGUAAUCAUUGUUCAAUUUGCUUUGUCAAGUUUAGUUUAUUAAUUCGUAAACAUCACUGUAGGUUAUGUGGCGAUUUAGUAUGUGAUGAUCCAAAUGGUUAUAGAAAAUAUUGUUCAAUUUAUCUACCAAUUAUUUCAUUAAUUGACAGACUACCAAACCUAAAUUAUGACAAAAUCCCAAACGACACUAUUAAAUUUCGCUGUUGUAUCAACUGUAAGAAUGGUUUAUUAUUUGAAUUGAGGAAACAAGAACAACCAGAGAAUGAAAUUAUAAAAACAUAUUUAAAUUUAAUUGAUCAACGAUAUCAAAUUGAAGUGAUGUUGGAAAAAUAUUCCAAGGAUGAGAAAAUAGGACAUAAAUUAAUGAAUCAUUUGAAAGAUUUUGAAAAAUUGGUUAUAAAUUUUAGAAAUCAAUUCUUUACUAAUGAUUUGAGAGUUGUACAAAUUGAAAAUGAACAAUUAAUAAAGAAUAUAUAUCAAAGUAUUGCAAUGUUCCUCCAAGACAAUCUAAUUAAAUAUAAAGAAAUAUCUGCAAUUCAUGUACCUCCCGAACCACAAAAGGAAGAAAUUAAACCAGAACCUUCACUUACUAAAAAACAAGUGAGAGAAUUACGUGAACAAUUGAUGGUUUUAAAUGAACAAAAAUUUCUAAUUGAAAAUAUGAUUAAAGAUUUUACUAAAUCAAGACGAUUUGAUGAAUUAAAUUCAUUAAUUUUAAAUAAACAAGAAUUGGAAGAUACGAUAAAUGAAUUGGAAAAUAAAUUAGGGGAAUUCAAAUUUAUAUAG